AUGCACAUCUGGUAGCGCAACUGCAACUUCCCAGCAAGAGCAAACACUGCUAAUGUUUUCCCAAGCGGAGUCCAAUGUAUAAACUAGAAUAUACAGCGAAUUGGUGAACAUAAACGGCGGGCGGGCAGCUGCACGAAUCUGCAAUGGUGUAGUGGUAUGGGGACAGGAGAGCACCCUGCGACUUUGUAAGGGUGUCCCGAGGAGCGCUGGGCGGCCGCUCACAGAGCCCAGCCAUGCCACCCCCCGCUAAUGCGGGGCGAGCCCCCGGCCCGCCGGACGGCGGCUGGGGCUGGGUGGUGGUCUUCGGCGCUUUCGUUUCGAUCGGCUUCGCGUACGCCUUCCCCAAAGGCAUAGCCAUCUUCUACAAAGAAAUCCAGGAUUUCUUUGGCACGUCCUAUAGCGAGAUCGCGUGGGUCUCUUCCAUCAUGUUGGCCACGACGUACGGUGCAGGUCCCAUUAGCAGUAUUUUAGUAAACCGCUAUGGCAGCCGGCCCGUGGUUAUAUUUGGAGGCCUGCUGUGUGGCAUUGGGAUGGUGUCAGCCGCCUUUUGCACCAGCAUCCUGCAGCUCUACAUCUGUGUGGGCUUCAUUACAGGAUUCGGCCUUGCUCUCAAUCUCCAGCCAUCAGUGAUAAUCAUAGGGAAAUACUUUUUAAAAAGAAGACCCAUUGCAAAUGGCCUUGCUAUGGCAGGGAGCCCCGUGAUGCUUUGCACCCUGGCACCUCUCAACCAGUUCCUUUUUGACAAUUUUGGCUGGAGGGGCAGCUUUUUAAUUCUUGGGGCAAUUUUAUUAAACUGCUGUGUGGCAGGAGCCCUCUUCAGACCCAUCAAGGCAGCCACAGCAUCGGUCAAAACACCAAAAGAAGAGGUCACUAAGGAUGCCAUGGAAAUGAAUAGUCCCACGAACGUCCCCGUGGAGAUCAAAACGGAAGAGGAAGGAGGAAAGGACUGCUGUGAAAAAAUCAAUCAGUACCUUGAUUUUUCCCUUUUUAAGCACAGAGGGUUCUUGAUCUACCUGAUCGGAAACGUGCUCAUGUUCCUGGGAUUUUUUGCCCCCAUUGUUUUCCUGGCACCCUAUGCAAAGCACAUCGGCAUUGAUGAAUAUUCAUCUGCUUUCCUUCUUUCGAUCCUUGCUAUCGUGGAUAUGAUUGCCCGACCUACCACUGGCAUCGUUGCAAACAGCAAGUGGGUGAGGCCACGGAUUCAAUACUUUUUCAGCUUCUCCAUUGCUUUCAAUGGCACCUGUCACCUUCUGUGCCCACUGGCUUCCAACUACAUGGGACUCGUCGUUUACUCCAUCUUUUUUGGCUUGGCCUUCGGCAUGGUUUGUGCCAUGCUCUUUGAAACGCUCAUGGACCUCGUGGGAGCUGCCCGGUUCACAAGCGCUGUUGGCCUGGUCACCAUUGCAGAGUGCUGCACGAUAUUGCUGGGACCACCUAUUGGAGGAACUCUUAUCGAUACCUUUGGGGACUAUAAAUAUAUGUUCAUUAAAUGUGGAGCUGUGAUGGUCCUGGCAGGAACCUUCCUGUUCAUAAUGAAUUAUUAUAAUUAUCGUAUGCUUGCCAAGGAGGAGAAGGAAAGAAAGGCAAAAGAAGAGGACUCUAAAUCUGUAAGGACAGAAAAUAAAGGCAGAAAUAACUGGGACAAAGAAACCAUACAGGAUGGGCCUGAGCUGGAACCUUUGAAGGAGGAACUAGAAGGAAUAAAGAAGGAAGUGAAUGGCACAAAUGAAGUUUAAACCUGUUCUCAUGGGCUGAAUGGGAAAUUACUUCUGGGUUGCUUAAGUUGACACUGGCUGUGAAAUCACACUAGGUUUUAAAAUUUUGCCCUGUGCUGUGCCACCCCACUUCUAUUUUGUGUACUACAGCUCUACUCAGUGAAAAGGCCAAUGGCCAUGAGAGUCAAUGCAGAGCCCUUCCAGCAGCCUCAGCGGGCUUUGCUUUGAGUACUGUGGUGGCUGGCUUUUCUCACCAUGCAAUCAAAACUCUGACUGUCUUUGACUGCAGUGUCAGAAUCAUCCCAGGGAUUUGGUGCUGCCUUCCACUGGCAGCUGCGCUGUGACUUGGACCUCUGUUUGAUGGAAAUGUAAUAUAGACCUUACACACGUCUUAAAUGGAACAUGAGCAAGCUGCUUGAACAGAAUGAGGGCAGUACAUGCCUGCGUGUGAAGUGGCAGCAAGGCAGCCUGUUCUUGUGGCUGGAGCAUGCUAGGAAGUAACUAACUUGGGGUGGCUCCUCAUGGCUUGAGCAGGGACUUCUCUGGGGACCUCUGCAUUUAGCAAAAUGCCUUGAAAGGUGAGAAGGUGAGAAAGGUGGCAUUAUGAAGGGGGUCAGCACAAGGCUGACAUGCUACAGGGGUCCUUCUUCCAGGUUCUUUGUGGGGGGCAGAAACUUAGUCUUAAAAGGCUUAAACUUUGAUCUAGAUUUGAACAGUACAAAUUCUUUAAAUUUUUUCUGAGGAGGUUACACAGUCCUUAUUAUCCAAUAUCUGAGUGCCAUACCAUUUUUAGCAUGCUUUUCUUUACAACACCCUGGUGAGGCAGUAAGUGUUGUUACUGUUAAUUAAUUGUAUAAAUGAAAAACUGAAGCACAGAGGAGCUAUGGACAUCAUCGCUUCAGUGAACAAAGCUUAGGCAUGCCAUAGCUGAAAGGGGCUCCACUGCCGUGAGUUAGGUGCUUGAAAGCCCUGCGGAGCACAGGUAUCACCCUGCUGGAAAAUAUAAAAUACCAUGAUAGUCAUGCAUUAAACCACAGCCCUCUCUGCAGUGCAGCCUGCUUACUCUGUGCUUCAUACUACUCAGGAUAACAAUUUUAAACACUGUCUUAGAGCUGCGACCUUGUGCCAUAUUUUUUUUAACCUGCUGAAGUUGCAUCCAUCCUGGAGGGAAUCCAAACACAGCUGUCCCCCCUUGUCUGGGCUGGGUUAGGCACCUCCCUGUUGCUAGCGCUGCAAUACCUGGUGGCCUUACGCCAUCCUGUUGCAUGAAAUAAAUUUUUCCCAGGUCAGUGAUGCAAAGCUGGAGCUGAGGCCACAUAGGAACCUCUUAUCCAGUGGUGAUAAUUCUGAGUUGGGAAGAUCUGGACUCUUGGCAGCAAGCACUGAUGUAUUUUAUAAUCAGCAGCUGUUCCCCAAGAGCCAUGGAUGCUGAGCAGGGCAUUAUGUAGUUGAAUCAUCAGCUUUUUGUAGAUUUAGCUCCAGGUGUCUGGAUAAAAACAAGGACUUUUGAGGCAGAUCACCUAAAUCCAAAACUAACAACAGUCUGUAGGCUAGGUCUCCUCUUUCUUUGCUUCAGUGGCACCCUUAUGUGAUCAGAUAAAGUUUUUUUCAUAAAUUUAUCAUGAAGAACUGUUUUUAAUUAUCAGUUGUAUACAUACUAUGAAGAAUGGCUUGUAAAAAUACUUCCACAAGUACACUAUACGCUUAAAUUUAAGUAACUCAUAUCUUUUUGUACAAAACCUUUUCUGUGAAAUCUUCUGUUCCACUAAAUAAUGGUCUUUGGCCAUUGACUUCAGUAGGACUUAAAUUUUGUCCUUAUGAGGUACCUUGCAUUUUCUUUGAAAAACAAAAUCUAUACUAUAUACUUAGGCUUUUGUUGCUGUAUUUUUAAUAUUCUUUAUUUCUGUCAAAUAUAUCUACAGUAUUUCAGUUAAAAAGGCAUUGAUAGAAAGUCCUGAACAUUUUCCAAUUUGCCUUCUGGAAAGCUUUAAUAUACUUAAUAAAACUCUUUUAAAAAAUGAAAA